AUGUCAACCACCGAUCUUCCCAAGACCAUAAAAUCCCUAAUUCAACCCGACAUCCACAGCACCAAACUAAUCCUAACCACCAUCCCCCUCCCCACCAUCACCCCCGGCACCACCGAACAUCUCAUCCGCAUCCAAAGCACCUCCCCAUGCUCUGGUGAACUACUUUGGGCCGCCAACUUCUCCACCUACACCACCCCCAACAAACUACAAGUACCAUGUUACGACCUCUCUGGCACCGUCGUGCUCGCUCCUCCUGAUUCUCCAUUUCCGGUUGGCACAGAGGUAUACACUCGUACAUCUUUCAUGCGCCCCGGUAAUGCGCGCGAAUAUAGCGUUGCGCUGCAGGAGGAAUUAGCUAGGAAACCAAAGAAUAUGUCGUGGGAAGAGGCGGCUUGUAUACCGCUAAGUGCGUUUACGGCAUGGCAGGCACUAUUUGUAUAUGGCGGAUUACGGUGUCUAUUUGCGAGCGAUGCGAAGGAGGAGAAUGGGGGGAAGACGGUACUGGUUGAUGCGGCGAGUGGGGGGGUGGGGGUAAUGGUGGUGCAGUUUGCGAGGGCGGGGGGAGUAGGGUGGGUAGUGGGUAUUUGUUCUGGGAGAAAUAGGGAACUGGUGGGGAGGUUGGGUGCGGAUGAGAUUGUGGAUUAUGGGGAGGAGAGUAUUGAGGAGUGGGGGGAGAGAAGCGGGAGGAAGGUUGAUUUGGUGGUUGAUAUGGAGGGGGGGAAGGUGGUUAGUGUUAAGGAGGAUCCGAAUGCAUGGAGACCGAAGGAGGGGGUAGCGGAUGAUGUGGAGGGCAUUUUUUUUGUGAUGGAGCCCGAGGGUUGGCAGUUGGAGGAAACGGCGAGGCUUAUUGAGAUGGGGCAGGUUAGGGCGGUGGUGGAUAGUGUGUGGCCGUUGAGCGAGUUUGAGAAGGCGUUUGCAGUUGUGGAGGGGGGUCAUGCGAAGGGGAAGGUGGUUAUUAAUGUUAGGGAUUGA